UUGAGCGCGUCCGUCUUGUAUUGCCAACUGGCGGCUGGGUAAACAACAUGCCGGCGCCAAUAAAACAAGAAAUGACAGAUGCAGAUAACAAGAUUUGGAGCCGGGAGGCCGAGGUGGCAUUGCUAGAGGAAGUGAGGCAGCAUCGGCACUUGUGGGACCCACAAGAUAAGCUCUACAAGAAGCAGAGUCUGCGCAAAACAACUUUUGAGAGAGUGGCACCAACAUUACGGGAAAUGUUGAUCUCUUUGCGAGAUAUCGAAGGAGGUAAGGAACGAUUAUUUUCGUGUAUUAUAUAAUCACACUAUGUAAUGCCUGGGGGUUGGGAUGCCACGUUCCUCCCUUCUCCUUAGUUGUUAAAUGCAACAAUAAACAAUCAAUACUACUUAUGAUAAAACUCGUGGACAAUUUACCGUUUCACCCAACCAACGAUUUUCUGACGUGGUUCAUGUUUUUCUGGUGAUAGAUGUAGUGAAUUGCACGAUUUUGUACCUCAUUUACGUCUUGAUGCUCCCGGCGGCUCCUCCCACGUGUGAAGGUACUUGCUCCCAAGGAUUAUAUACUAUGAGGAUAGCUCACUAAGCAUUUGUUUUACCCACAAUGCACCGCGGAUGACGUCACACAUGUAAACAAAUGGUGCCGGGCGAGAAACUGGGUUACUUCACUGUGUUCUCACCGCAGCGUGCUUAAUGAAAAUGGUGAUUUGUGCUGUAUAUGGGUGUUACAGUGGCUCAACCUAUAUAAUAAGGAUAGCUUACUAAACAUUUAUUUUACCCACAAUGCACUGCGUAUGAAAUCUGGCUCACUCCAUAUAAAGUGUAUUGGGGGGCCAUUACUUAUUGAUAUUGUCAUUCAUUCAUAGUCAGAUUUUGCACUUUUUUGGGUUGCUGGGGAUAUGUGGUUGAAUUGGGCAGCUGUUGAGUUGGCCAGUGGUGUGCAGUGGUGGGGAUAUUUGAGAAAUAGGCUAUGUUAUAUGGGGUUGCUGGGAAAUGUUGCUGUCUGCCAUGUAUCAGUGCUUGCGUUUUCUCGUUUCGUUAACGUUCGUUUUCUGCAACUUUGCAGGGUAACUAAUCCUGUCAUCAAAAGAGCUAACAUAAAUAUAUAUCAAUUGAAGUAUUACUGUUGGAUCAGGAGAAUUAUAUCAAAUGGUUAAUAUGAAUAAUGUAUAAAGGGAUCAAUGUAUAUGUAGGAAUACUCAAAGUGUAUACCAACUUCUAUAUUAUCUAUAACGAUAUUGAUGACAGGAUUGGUUACCCCUGUAAAGUUGUAGAGGGUGGGUGUUGGUGAAAUUUCAGAGAACGUAACCAUCGAUGUGUGGUGGACAGCAGUGUUUCCCGGUACCUUUUUUCUAACAAUUUCUCAAAUAAUUACCAUAAAAUGGGGUAAUUUGGGAUGCCUGAAUUAAUUAUGUCAGUGAUUAAUUAGAGAAUUCCAAAUCCUUAAAACCUUUUCUGUAGGACCUGUAGAGGGUAGGGUUAAAAAUUCCCCAAAAUUUUAUAAAAAGUAAAACUUAUAAAUUUAAAUGUCCUUCCACAUUCUGCCCUUUAAAUGUCGACCCUUAAACCCACCCUCUGCAUGAAGGAAACACUUUAGUUCUUCUACACGAUUUGUUGUACAGAUGCAGACCAGAAACUUAGAGGUCAGAAUCCUUGUCCUAUUAGGUAAGUUUGCAGACAAGUUUUAUGGAUCUGAACUAAACGAAUUUUGUGAAAAAUGCUACACAACAGACACGGGGUAAUUUGGGACGGGAUGAUGUAAAAGCGCUUUUCUUGGAUUUUUUUUAGUAUAUUUAGCCCCUUGACGUUGUGUUAUAUAGAUAAAUGAAGAGGAAGUGGUACAAAGUUCUCACAGACUGGAAGCUGAGCCUAGGGAGGAAAUUUACCACCCUACCCAAGCAACAUUUCCCUCACUUGUUGAUGUGACAGAUCUUGUAAAAAGUGCAUUUAAAGGAACUCGGAUUUUUCCAAUGGAUACAGACAAGAUCAUAAGAAAAAUAUCCAAUGAAGAACCAUCAGUCCUACAGACAAGAGAACAUGUUUCUGACCUGAUGUUGGAGAGACUUAAAACAAUUAUAGAAACAGACCUCCAGUCCCCAGUGCAAAGAAGAGGUCAUUACUUGAGAAAAACUCAGUUACACAGGUCAGUGCAAGGCUUUGUAGCCUUCAAGUAUCCAGAGAACAGAGACAAAUAUGAAACCAGCUACAAUGACAUUGUGCUUGAAUUAGAGAAACCAAUGAUUAAUAAAGGUAUUCUCUCAUUCAAAGACUGUUUUGGCAUAUUGUUGAUGCAUUAAUUUGGUUUUGGUAUGCACUUUUUUCUAAAGUUGUGAUAUAUAUUAAUUUUGUCUGUGAAGGUCAUUUUUGUUAUGUUUUCCAUUAUACUGCUAGCUGUCCCAGUAUACCCCAAAGUAAGGGGUAAUUCGGGACAGGCAUUAAAAAAUUUGAGAAAAAUAGGAAAAAGAUUCCUUUUAUUUUGAAAAGCUUUGGCAGCUUAGCUAGCCUUAUAUUCUGCAAUCCAAACCAAUAAAAUAUUUAUUUUCACAUAUAUUUUUGGUUCAUAAUCCCAAAAUUACCCAAAAAAAUAUCCCAAAUUAUCCCGUUUUACAGUAUGUUGUUGUGUACUGUUUGCCAACUCAACAGCUGCCUAAUUUGAUUGCAUAUCCUUAGCGAUCAAAAAAACGCAAAAUCUGACCAUGAAUAUGCAUAAAAUAAGGGUUUUCUAGUACAUUUUAUACCGUGAGAGCAGGGUGAGAGUGAACCAGAUGACGUACCGCAGUCAUGACGUCAUCGAUGACAUUUCAGUGAGCUAUCCUUACAGUAUAUAAUCCUUGCUUGCUCCCAAGAGCACCCAGCUGGUCUAGCCGCUGGAUCGUCGCUGCUGUUUUGUCGGCCAGGAAUUGCCACGUGUAAAGCCGCCCUUAGUCUUUGUCUUUUUGGUCUAGUUGUAGUUGUCUGGGUGGGUUGUUCUUUUAUUAGCUUUUUCUUGUUUUGGGGGUUGUUUUCGUCUGUCCUGAGUUUGGCCUGGUUGUUCCUGGUGGUUGUUUUGUUAGCCCGUUGGUAAGUGUCGGCUUUGUUUCCUUCAUGAAUUUGUUUUUCUGCCCUUGGAACAGUUUUGGUUCCUAUUUCUGUGUUAUAUUUUGUGUUGUUUGGGGUUUUGCCUUAGCCAUGCUGGUUGGUGGUGGUGGCCGUGGUCGGGGUGUGUUGACUAGGUCUUGGAGGACGAAUGCCGGUAGGGACAGUAGCCCAGUUACUAGGGUGGAGAGGACCCCUGGUGCAACCGUUGCUCCUUCCCUCUGUGUUACCUGCCGUUUUCCCGUUAAGGAUGAUGAGGAGUGGGGGGAUUGCCUGUGAUGAGUGCAAUGAGUGGUGUCAUGGGUCACAGACUUGCACCGGCUUCCCCUCAGUCUUUGUCAAGGAAGUCUUGAAGCACCAGGGUAAGGGUGUGAAGUAUGUGUGCACUAGAUGCAGAUUAGCUUCCCCUGUUAACUCAAGCUCACCUGCCAACCCUGACCUUCAGUUACUUCGGGAAUUCCUGUCACAGAUGUUCAAUACCAUUGCUGGUCUCAGUAAUUCAGUAAAAUCAAUUGAUUUGCGGAUCUCUGAGACUCAAAGGGACAGCGUUGUUUCUGGGGGAGAAGGGAGGACUGACAGAUCUGAUGUGCGUACCAUCAUCAGAGAGAAAGUAAGAGUGUUAAGUGAGAGAGAGAAGAGGCAGGACAGUAUCAUUAUCAGAAGUCUACCCUUUGGUGAAAACUUUCAAGAAAAAUUUAACCCCAUUGCCUCUUUCCUAUUGCCAGAGAGAUCGGACCCGAUUACCUUGGUUGAUAUUGUUCCAGUUUCUCCUUCCUUAGUCAGAGCUAAAAUCCCCAAUUCCAACUUGAAACAAGAAUCAUUAUCAAGGAGCAACAAAUUAUUUAAUAGCCAAUAUGCACAGGUUUUUAUUUCUAGGGAUUUCAGAGAGAGGAACUGCAGAGAAAGAGGGCUGCCAGUCAUACUGACACUAGUUCUUUGGCAGUUCAAGAAACCCGAUCAGGUAGUAGUCUUGCUGCGGCUUCUGUGUCCUCUGAGCCUGACCCCCUUGUCCGUCCUAGUACUGUUGGCACCACAAAAAACGAUCAUUAGACCUCUCCAGUUCCAAACAUACUGUUGUUAACAUCCCUGUAUAUAAAUUUUUUAUUACUUUUGUUCUUUUGAAUUUAAAUUGUUUGGUGAAUAAAAUUAGCUUGUUAGUAGAUUUACUGUCUAGCUGUAAUGUAGCCUUAUGUGGUGUGUGUGAGACAUGGCUUAAUUCUGAUAUCACAUCAGUGACUCUGUUGUCAGUAUAGCUGGUUACAAUUUCUUUAGAAAUGAUUCUCCUUGUAACCUAAGAAAACAUCGUGUUGGAAUUUAUAUUUGGAAUGAUAUUAAGGUUGGUAAAACCUUUAAUGAUCAUCCCAACACAGUUGGGGUAUGUUUGCCGGAUUCUGGUGUUACUGUUUUGGUUGUUUGCAGACCUCCAAGUAAUUCUUUGGUGGACAAUAUAGCUCUCAUCUCCUACCUUGAGUCUGUUUAUGAGGGUACAGAACUUAUUCUGGCUGGGGAUUUUAACCUGCUCUCCAUUGAUUGGUCCUCUGAUGUUCCUGUUGGUAGGUCUUUAAUUGGUGAGCAAUUUCUUGAUAUUUUUAGCUCUCUGGGUCUUAUACAGUGGGUCAAGCAGGCUACUUAUCUUCGAUCCAACAAUAUAUUGGAUUUGAUCUUUACCACAGAAAAUGAAAGAAUAUCAAAUGUUAAUUUGAUUGACCCCUUUUCUGGCUGUGACCAUUUUCCUGUAAUAUUUGACUAUCUAUUUUGUUCCCUUGAAUCUAGCCCAGUGAAUUCAAAGGAUGAAUAUGAUUUUUUCAAAGGAAAGUACAGUUUAAUAAACAAACAUUUCAAGGACAUUGACUGGGACAUUGAAUUUAUGGGACUAGAUAUUGAUCAGUCUUACUUGAGAUUGAAGAGUUUAUUGUUCAAUACUUUCCACCGCUUUAUUCCCAAGAAACCAGGUCCCUGUUCAUUAAAGCCUCCUUGGACCACAAGCAUACCUAAUGAUAUCAAACGUCGUAAAUGGCAGGCUUGGCUUAACUAUAAAGAUGCUCGUUCUGUGUUUGGCAGAUCAUCUCCUAUUGCCUUAAGGUUGUGGCAUGUUUUUAGCCAUUUUUCCCUGGAAUUCAAAUUUAGUGAAGAACCCACUCAAUUGGCAAUCCUGUGUUGUGAGAAUUAGUGUUGGAACACUCAUACGCAGGAGAUUUGAGUGUGGGUGGAGCUCACAGCGAGCGUUUAGAACCACAAGCAAAUACACCUAACGCUCGCUGUGAGCGUUUAGCAAUGAAAGGGUUAAUUAUGAGAAAUCCCUUGUCUCUGCUGAUUACCAUGAUGUGAAGUGUUUUCACGCUUACCUCCGUCACAAGAAGGUUCAGCCUCUGGCAGUUGGGCCAUUAUAUAGUGAGGACGGAUGGUGUGUUGAGGCUGCAGAUAUGGCAGACCAUUUCAUUAGGGCUUUUUCCACCGUAUUUUCUUGAGAGUUCUUGCUUAAUCCUUAUCCUCUACAGUGGUGUGAUAAUAAAUUUAUAUUCAAUGUCUAUAGUUUUGAUAUUUUCAAAUAGAGAAUAUUUUGGCUGAAUUAAAACCUGCUUGUUCUGGCCCUGAUGGUAUUCUUUCAGUCUUUAAAAAAGAUGUGCCCAUUCUAUUAGUUACCCUCUGUUGCUACUGUUCAGAAAAUCUCUUUCAUCAAUGCAAGUCCCUUCAGACUGGAAAGAUGCUAAUGUUAUGCCACUGUUCAGAGGUGGAUUCCAUUCUGAUCCCCUCAACUACAGACCAAUUAGUUUGACAUCAGUGUGCUGUAAAUCUUUUGAAAGAAUAAUCUUGUCUCAACUUACUGCUUAUUUGGAAGAUAAUAACUUACUUUCCCCGUGUCAGUAUGGUUUUAGAUCGGGAAGAUCAGUUUCUGAGCAACUGUUAUGUAUAUCAAUGAACUAGAAUCAGGACUGAAAUCCACAAUAUCGAAAUUUGCUGAUGACACCAAGGUGGGUGGAAAGGCCAUCACAAAGACUGACUGCAAAAUCAUUCAGAAAGACCUCAAUCACAUUAUCGAAUGGUCGGAAAAAUGGCAAAUGUCCUUCAAUGUUGACAAAUGGAAAGUCAUGCACACUGGGUCCAGAAAUAAUAACCACACACACAUUAUGAAUGGGAAACCUCUGCAGGCGAUGCAGGAGGAAAAGGAUCUUGGAGUCACUAUCAGCAGUGACCUGAAACAUGCAAAAAACUGUAAAAAAGCAUAAGACAAAGCCAACACUAUGCUCGGGUUCAUAGCUAGGCACUUUGAGUAUAAAACGCCAGACGUGAUGCUGUCCUUGUAUAAUUCCAUGGUAAGACUGCACCUCGAGUAUGCAGCACAGUUCUGGUCUCCUAAUUACAGAAAGGACAUUGUUUUACUGGAAAGGAUUCAACGACGUGCUACGAAGGUGAUUCCAACCUUAAGGGCCCAACCAUCCGAGGAACGACUCAAGCGACUCAAUCUCUUUACUUUGGAGAAAAGACGUCUACGAGGGGAUAUCAUUCAAGUCUUCAAGUACCUGAAAAAGUUCAAUAAUGUCAAUUACUCCAAAUUCUUUGAACUGCAAACCAACUCAAGAACUAGAAAUAACGGUUGUCCCCAUUCAGUCGAGUUGAUGUAACACAGACAUUGGAAUGAGUUUCUUCUCAAACCGAGUCAUCCGCCACUGGAACAAUCUUCCCUCAGAAGUAGUAAAUGCGAAUACAAUCAACUCCUUCAAAUAUAGAAUCCUCCGUCAUUUCGCUGCAUCGGAAGUAAACUGAAUAUCGAGGUGCUUUCAUCUGCUCCUCAGUAUCGAGGUGCUUUCAUCUGCUCCUCAAUAUCGAGGUGCUUUCAUCUGCUCCUCAAUAUCGAGGUGCUUUCAUCUGCUCCUCAGAUUAAAUCACCAAAGCGGGCGACCUCAUAAUGAGCCAAUAGGUUUUCUGUUGCCUGCGUUUCCAUGAUGCAUUACUGUCAGAGUUUGAGGUUACACGCGAUUUUGACACCCAGGUCCUUGACGCAUUGAAUGCUUUUGAGUUUGACACUGCGCAUUUCAUAAUCGAACUUCUUAUUUCUUGUUCCAACAUGAAGGACCUGGCACUUGUCUACGUCAAAGGGCAUCCUCCAUCUAUCAGACCAAGCUGAAAUUUUAUGCAAAUCCUCUUGGAGGCUUUGCCUGUCUUCGUCAGUGAGAACCAAGUUUCCAACCUUUGUGUCAUCUGCAAAUUUACUAAUGCGAUUAUUGAUUCCAACAUCCACAUCGUUGAUGUAAAUAAUGAAGAGCACUGGGCCAAGAACCGAGCCCUGGGGGACACCACUAGUGACCGGUGCCCACUCUGAGUUAAAUCCGUCGAUCAACACUCUUUGUUGUCUGUUGCUCAGCCAAUUCGCGAUCCAUUGGUGUACUUGACCAUCAUACCUAUUUGCUUUAAUUUAUAAAGUAAUUUAUGAUGUGGGACUUCAUCAAACGCUUUCUGGAAAUCAAGAUAGACUAUGUCCAGUGAUUUGGUUACGUCAUAAACUGAGAAGAGGUCGUUGGAAAAGGUCAAUAGGUUUGAUGGGCAGGAUCUUUUCUUAUGGAAGCCAUGUUGUGAAUCCCCAAUUAAUGAGUUGCUUUCAAGGUAACUUACAAUUUUGUCUCUAAUUAUAUGCUUUUGAGUAGCUUACCUACAAUAAUUGAAAUUAGACUAUUGGGCCUGUAAUUACCUGGUAUAUUUUUUUGUCUCCUUUCUUAAAAGCCAGUGUCACAUUAGCUUUUUUCUAUCAUUUAUAAAUCAGACCAAGUAGAGAGAGAGAGAGAGAGAGAGAGAUUUACAUAGGUUAACAUGGAUAACCAGACCACACAGACCUCAAGGUCCAGACUAGGUGGUCUGUCCUUAAACUUAAGUGAUUCUACAUCAGAUGGCUCCAAAACUUUGCAUUUCAACUUUAGUUAAUAUUAAGUUGAAGGAAGUGUCAGUCGAGUUUGUUUUUAAAGGAGUCAAUCAUGUUACGUUGAACCACUGAAGGUGUUAGCUUAUUCUAUUCUUGCACUACAAUGUUGGUGAAGAAUAAUUUGGUGCAGUCUGAAUUUACUUGCCUACAUUUGAGUUUUGUGCCAUUGUUCCUCGUUUGCAAAGUGUCAUCGAUCAUAAACAAUUGUGAAUUGUCCACAUUCGUGAAUCCAUUAAGUAUUUUAAAACAUUCGAUCAAUUUUCUUCAGAGGUGACGUUUCUCAAGAGAGAACAUGUUAAGGGUGGAAAGCCUGUCUUCGUAGGAUUUGUUGCGCAAGGAAGGGAUCAUCUUUGUUGCUUGACGCUGAACACCUAAUUUAGCAAUGUCCUUUGCAUGGUGGGGAGACCAAAGCUGUACUGCAUAUUCCAAGUGGGGUCUGACUAAACUAUUGUGGAGCAGAAGUAUUACAUCUUUAUUCUUAAAUAAAAAGUUUCUUUUAAUGAAGCCCAGCAUUCUGUUCGCUUUAUUUGCUGCAUCAAUGCAUUGCUGUGAGAAUUUGAGGUUUGACGCAAUUUUGACACCCAGGUCCUUGAAGCACUGAACACUUUUGAGUCUGACGCCGUGCAUUUCGUAAUCGAACUUAUUAUUUCUUGUUCCAACUUGAAGGACCUGGCACUUGUUUACGUUAAAAAGCAUCUCCCAUCUAUCAGACCAAGCUGAAAUUUUGUGAAAAUCCUCUUGGAAGCUGUGCCUGUCUUUGUUAUUGAAAACCCGAGUUACCAAUCUUUGUGUUGGCUGCAAAUUUACUAAUGCGAUUAUGGAUUCCAACAUUCCUCUCAUUGAUGUAAAUAAUGAAGAGCACUGGGCCAAGAACCGAGCCCUGAGGGACGCCACUAGUGACCGGUGCCCACUCUGAGUUAAAUCCAUCAAUCACCACUUUUGUCUGUUGCUCAACCAAUUUGUGAUCCAUUGGUGUACUUGAAUGUCCAAUGAUUUGGUUACAUCAUAUACUGAGAAGAGGUCGUUAUAAAAGGUCAAUAGGUUUGAUAGGCAGGAUUUUUUGUUAUGGAAGCCAUGCUGUGAAUCCCCAAUUAAUGAGUUGCUUUCAAGGUAAUUCACAAUUGUCUCUAAUUAUGCUCUCGAGUAGCUUACCUACAAUAAUUGAAGUUAGACUAAUGGGCCUGUAAUUACCUGGUAUUUUUUUUUUGUAUCCUUUCUUAAAAAUUGGUGUUACGUUACCCUUUUUCCAAUCAGAAGGGACGAUACCUUGUCCCAAGGACCUAUUGAAUACGAUUGUGAGGGAGGAGAGUAUUUCACUCUUUGUUUCUUUUAGCAGUACAGUGGAGACUCAAUACUCGAACUUAAUUCAUUCCAAAUGGCUGUUUGAGUAUCAAAAAGUUCGACUACCGAUACCUAUAAAUCAGGUAAUUCGUUCUAACCUUAGCAAAACCUUAAGUUUACAAAAAUUUCAAUGUAUAUUUUUUUAUAAUUUUGAUUUAUACUUACUGUAAGUAAAGACUGGUGAUGGAUAACGUAGAAGAGGAGGGGAGAAGGGUGGGGAGGAGGAGGGAGGUUAUUCGUCGGAGGACGAGUCACCGUCUGGUAACUCGUCUCCUGGUGUGAUUCCUGUGAACCCACUAGUGGAGGGCUGUGGCUCACUAACACUCACUAGAUUCCUUUUUCAACAAGAAUCCGUCUAAUGUGAUCUGCCUUUGCCUUUUUUUCAAAAUGUUUCUGAAAUGCUGCAUCAAAUUUUCAUCAAACUGGUUUAUGUUUCUGUGUACGGCAGCAAUAUCAGGGUGGCACCUCUCCAAAAAGUUUCCCAACUCUGUCCACUGCUGCAAAUAUUUCUUGAUCUCUGCAGUGGAGACUUUUUCCUUGCUGUUCCCCUCCUCCUCCCCUGAAGACAGCUCCUCAGUUACCUCCUGCAGCUGUUCCUGGUGAAGUUGACGCAGCUCAUCAGUGAUGAGGUCUUCAGAGUGUGCUUGCACCAGCUCCACAUCAUCACUGUCCACCUCAAUGCCUGUGGCCCUCCCCAGAGACACAAUGUCCUCCACCACAGCAGACUCCUGGACUGAAGGCUCGAAUCCCUCAAAAUCCUUGGCUGUCACACAGGUCAGCCACAGAUUUUUCCAGGCAGACUACAAGGACCUCACAGAAACUUGACCCCAGGCUUUAUCUAUAAGCCUUAGGCAGUGGAGGAUAUUGAAGUGAUUCUUCCAUAACUCCCUCAGAGUGAGCUCUGUUUCAGAAGUCACCUCAAAGCACCUCUCAAAAAGUGCUUUUGUGUACAGCUUCUUAACCCCUUCAAUACGAUGACGCCUACGUAGGCGUCAUGAAGCCCCAGUAGCAUAUACGAUGACGCCUACGUAGGCGUCAUAUUUCUAUUCUGUUUCUUCUUCUAUUGAGUUGUCCCAUACUUUGUGUUGGUUACUAAGUAAAGAUGCCGUAUGCUGUCCUUGAAAUCCUAUUGCUCCUCCCACCAUCCUUGUUCCCACCAAUCACAAAAAAUGAGCUACAGUAUGCACUGCCUUCUUCCUGCCUUGUGUCUAAAAUUAGGAAGUCUCAUUCUCUCUCUCUCUCUCUCUCUCUCUCUCUCUCUCUCUCUCUCUCUCUCUCUCUCUCUUUCAUACACCAAGGUGCCGACCAACGUUGCCAGAUUGUCGUACUCGGCCUCCUGUCUGCCAAUUUCCGACCCAAAAAUCUGCCUCCUCGACCCCAAUAAUUGCCUUCAUAUACAGUUAUCAUUAGAAUGGUUAAUUAGUGGUGUGUUUUGGCAAUAGUUAUGGCUCAGAAACCGGUAAAUACGAGGCUACGAGUAUAAUAAUCUGGCAACGGUGGUGCCGACACCACGUCUCGCCCACUUUGCUCUCUCUCUCUCUCUCUCUCUCGCUGAUAAUUUCUCGACAUUCUUCCUCUACACAAUCAUCUGCUUUCUCUAUUUCUUUCCCCCUUGCCCCUUUCUCCCCUUUCUUUAUUUCACUUUUUUUUUUAUUUCGCGUUGACGCAAUUUAUAUUAUGCAUAGCAGGUAUAUGUUGACUCGUCGUGUAUGCUGCUUUGCAAAUACGGGAUACAUGUAAUGAGGGCUUUCAGCAGCAUAAUAUACGGAGGCGACAAGCAGAUACAUGCCGGCUCAGGUUUCCCGUGCGCUACCGCGCGCGGCCGAGCACGCUGUAUAUCAGCCAGGCGGGGUUUUUGAACAUCCGCCGCGAAGGGGUUAAAGCUGGUGAUGACAUUCUGGUCCAUGGGUUGGAUCAGUGGCGUGGUGUUGUGGGGGAGGAACAUCACUUCGAUGAAUUUAUACCCCUUACCCAAUUCUUCUUCCACACCUGGAGGGUGUGCAGGAGCAUUGUCCAUCAACAGGAGGACCUUGAGUGGUAGAUUCUUCUUUAUUAGGUAUGUCUUCACUGCAGGUGCAAACACCUCCACAAACCACUCCGUGAAGAACUGCCUGGUUGUCCAGGCUUUCUUGUUUGCCCUCCACAUCACACUGAGUUUGCUCUUUUGCACACCGUUCUUUUUGAAUGGCCUGGGGUUUUCCGAAUGGUACACCAGCAGCGGUUUAAUUUUGCAGUUGCCGCUAGCAUUGGCGCACAGAAGCAGGGUUAGCGUCUGUCUUUCAUGGGCUUGUGUCCUGGCAAACACUUCUCUUCCUUUGUUAUAUAGGUCCUGUUUGGUAGUUUUUUUCAAAACAGGCCUGUCUCAUCACAAUUAAAGACCUGUUGUGGGCUUAAGCGCUCCUUAUCCACAAAUUUCUUAACUUCAGGCACAAACUUCUCGGCGGCAACUUUGUCAGCACUUGCCGUGCCUCACAAUAGAAUGAAUUCCAGUUCUCUUCUUGAAAUUCCCAAACCACCCCUUGCUAGCUUUAAAAUCUUCACUGGAGUCAGAGGUAGUAUCACAAAUAAGAUCACCAUGGAGCUGCCUAGCCUUUGCACAAAUUAUGCCCUCUGACAUAGAAUCGCCAGCCAUCUGCCUUUCGUUUAUCCACACCAUCAACAAUUUUUCCAUUUCUUCCACUGCCGCAGGUCGCUUAAGUUGCUUUUUCACACCCAUCACCACAUCAGCUCCCUUAAUGGCCUCCUUGUUCUUCAGUAUGGUGGCUACUGUAGAUUUCGCCAUACAAUACUCGGCUGCAAGAUCGGUGAUUCUUGCUCCUUUCUCGUAUUUAUCAAUAAUCUCCUUUUUCCGUUCAAUGGUCGUCACUACAUUCUUCCUUUUAAGCUGAUUUUCAUCACUAAUAAGCCUCUUUGGUGCCAUUGUAAGUUUAUAAAUGAAAAACCACAGACACUACACAGGAGAAUGUUGUUGUUCUCACGACCGCGGCGGGACAAUUGGCGGCGGCAGGGAGGGAGAGGCCAGGAGCAUUUAUUUACAACCACGUGUGCGGACGUUCGAGUACCAGAUAUUUUUUCGAGUACCAAGUCGAACUUUUGCGUUCGAGUAUCAAAAAGUUCGACUUCCAAGACGUUUGAGUAUUGAGUCUUCAUUGUAUAGGAUAUUCUUUGUCAGGUCCGGGACUUUUAUUUGACUUAAGAGAGAGAGAGAGAGAGAGAGAGAGAGAGAGAGAGAGAGAGAGAGAGAGAGAGUGGAAAAAAGAAUAAGUGAUAGGAAUGAGCAAAAAAACGAAAUUCAAAAGUAAGAAAAACAAAUAAACAACUUAUGAGAGAGAGAGAGAGAGAGAGAGAGAGAGAGAGAGAGAGAGAGAGAGAGAGAGAGAGAAAUAAAAGAGAAUAUAGGGAAGGAAAAGUGUCAGCAGUUGGAGGGAAAAGAGGAGGAAAGAUGGGAAGAAAGAAAAGGUGAUGAAAGAUGGACAGAGAAGAAGAGAAAGAGUGGAAAGUUGGCAAAAGAAAGAAAGGAGGUAGAAAACUGAGAGGAUAAAGAAAGAAGAGAAAAUAAUUACAGGAAAGUUAAAGAAAAUGAACAAACAAGUAAAAGAAAAAAAAAUAAAGUUAAGCUGUACAAGAUAUGGAGGAGUAGAGGGAGAAAGACUAGGGGGAGAAGGAGGAGGUUGAGGAGUACUGGUAUAAUUGACAGCUGGUUUCCUUCUUACACCUUUUUACACUCUCCUCCUCCUCCCUCGGUGUUGUGCACACGAACGAAGCUGUACGUGAGCUCGCCAACGUUCGUGUGGAAUCCCUGCAGAUUGGCCGACACUAUGCGAAGCUCAUCCCAGCACCUUCUGCACUGCCGGCUGCCAUUAAAGGCAUCGCUGUAGCCUGGAGGGAAGGUCAGGGGUGAGAAGAUUACGCCUUGUAGGUAAGGGUGUAGGCGAGCGAAGAACCCAGGGGGCAGCGAAGGCGGGGUACCCCAGGUGGGAGGGAAGGAACCUUCACCUUUACUGUCCUGUGUCCCUGACUCGUAGAUUAGAGUAGAUGGUAGCAACAAUAAACAGACUAGUUAGGACCAAGAUGUCUGUUGCUGUUUGCUUUUCCUUUGUACUCCUCCUCCUCUUCCUCCUCCUCCUCCUUCCCUUCCACCUCCUCCUUCUCUUCCUCCUCUUCCUCUCCCUCAAUCCGCAUCCCCUCCAAUCCUUGUCUAUCUUCCCUUCAUGUCUCUCCUUAAUUCUUCCUCUCAUUCCCUACCUCCACCACCGUCUCCUCCUCUUCCUCCUCCUCCUCCUCCUCCUCCUUAUCAUUGCCUUAGUUUGUUAAUGGAGAAAUUCUGUUUCCUCCAAUGAUGGUGCUGAUGACAAUGUUAAUAUUUUUUAUACAGAACAGAGAGCAACUCAAGGGCAACAAAAAGAUGUAAAAAAAGAAUAGCCUACUAACUGUUGCUCUCAUAUUGUCAAAAGUAUAGAGUGGCCAAAAAAGAGGUCAAUUUCAGAUGGAGAGGUGUCUUAAUGCACUCUUCUUGAAAGAGGUCAAGUCAUAGGCAGGAGGAAAUACAGACGAAGGAAGGCUGUUCCAGAGUUCACCAGUGAAGGCGAUGAAAGAAUGGAGAGAUGAGGGGUUCAGACAGUAUAGGAAUGAGCAUGAGUAAAAAGUUGUGUGCAGUGAGGCAGCAGGAGGGGGGGAGACAUGCAGUAAGCAAGUUCAGAAGAGCAUUCAGCAUGAAAAUAUUGAUAGAAGAUAGAAAGAGAUGCAACAUGGCGGUGGAAUUCAAGAGGUAGAAGGUUGUCAGUAAGAGGAGGAGAGCUGAUGAGACGAAGAGCCUUAGACUCCACUCUGUCCAGGAGAGCUGUGUGAGUGGUGGCCCCCCCCCCCCCCCCCCACACACACACACACACAUGUGAGAUGCAUACUCCAUAGGAGGGUGGUCAAGGCCUCUAUAUAUGGAAAGCAUCUGUGCAGAAAAGAAGAACUGGCGGAGACUAUACAGAACGCCCUACCUUGAGGAAGCUGAUGUAGUAAGAGGAGAUGUGAAGUUUCCAGUUGAGAUUUUGAGCUAAGGAUAGACCGAGGAUAUUUAGUGUUGAAGAAGGUGACAGCUGAGUGUUGUCGAAGAAUACGGGAUAGAUGUUUGGAAGAUUGUGUCGAGUUGAUAGGUAGAGGAAUUGGGUUUUUGAGGCAUUGAAGGAUAAUAAUAAUAAUAAUAAUAAUAAUAAUAAUAAUAAUAAUAAUAAUAAUAAUAAUAAUAAUAAUAAUAGGCAGAUCAGUGUGUGUUGAUUACUGUUAUUUUUAUUUUUUUACGUCGACACCUGUAGCACUGGUAGGCUUUCUUGUAGGCCCUGGUGGUCGGCCCGAGCCCAUCUUGGUACAGGCAAGUGCCUAUAGUGGUGCCAUCUUUUCUUGUAUAAAUGCAUAGUAUAAAUGAAGCUAAUGAUGCAUUCUGACCAUGCCUCCUCCUCCUCCUCCUCCUCCUCAUCCUUAAUCUUUUUAAUCAUAAUUCAUUUCCUUCACAAAUGUAAUGAUAGACAACAUUAAGCACUACCGUACUAACACGACUACAGCUACUACUACUACUACUACUUCUACUAAAACCACAACUACUACUACUACUACUACUACUACCACUUCUUACUACUGCUACCACUACUACUAUUACUACUACUGCUAUUACUACUACUACUAUUACUACUACUAUUACUACUGCUACUUUUACUACUACUACUAUUACUACUAUUAUUUUACUACUAUUACUACUACUACUUCUGCUACUACUAUUACUACUACUACUACUAUUACUACUACUACUACUACUACUACUACUACUACUACUACUACUACUACUACUACUACUACUACUACUACUAUUACUACUACUACUUCCUACUGCAACUACUACUACUGAGGUAAAGAUAAAAUAAUGCACCUGGUCCUUUCACCUGCUCAGCAUGGGCGAUAAACUUACCUGUGGUUCACCUGGGCCCGUAUCCUCACGAGCUAUUAACUUUUACCCUUAAAGUUACUAUCAAAGUUAAUAGUUUCAAUUUAUUAAGAGUAAUAGCUAUCCUCGUCAACUUUGAGUGUAAGUAUUAGGAAAUCCUGGCUACUAUUAUCUUCUUCUUUAUGGCGGGCUCGUUUCUAAGGACGCCUCCGUGCAAAACGUAAACAUCCAACAUGAAUUAAGUAAAUAUUUCAAAAGAAAAAUAAAGAAAAGAUGUAUAAAUGUACAACAAAAACAUAAUAAAUGGCAAACACAAGAAAAUAUUGAGUUUUGUGGCAGAUAGAAGCAGCCUCAAAGGCUGCUUUUACUUCAUCACUCAUUAAUACCCUUAUCUUCCCUCCUGCGUCACAACUUGCUCUGCUGAAAUUACCGCACCAUAACCACGUCAUCUGCCCCAAUGAGCACAUCUAUGGGCCGGAGAACCAGCGCAGAAAAGGCGCAAGUUUAAUUGGUCGCCAGAUGAAACGGUCUUCUUACAUCAAAUUCAUAAAAAAAUACGUAUAAUCAGAGGGUGUUAUGGGAAGAGUAUCACCCAUGAGGCUAAGAAGAGAGCGUGGACUGAAGUGGCAGAAGCUGUAACAAGUGCCUUCCCUGGGAGUGGACCCCGUACGCAGGAUGACUGUGAGAGGUGUUGGUACAACGUACAACAAAAAUCAAAGCCUCGCAUUGCCAAGUGCAAGAAUGAGCAGUGGCAGACCGCCCCGCUGCUGUAUUGCUAGAGACCAUCCCAGCACAUUCUUCAUUACUUGUGGAAAAGAUACCAUCAGCUGCUCCGGCAACAGCCACUGCUUCAACAUCUGUUGGCCCUAUGACACCAGCCACUGCUUCAUCAUCUGCUGGCACAAUGACACCUGCCACUGCAAGGGAUGACAAUGAAGCUGCUCCACCACAGUCACCACCUACUUCAUCGGAGUUAAGAGAUGCCUUUCAUAAGGCAGCAGUAUAAUUUUUUGAUGCUGGGGCUGAAUAUUAUUGCCUCAAGGCUGUGAUUUUGUCACUUUUUUUUAAUACUGAGGAGGUUAGGGUGGAAGGGGUGAAAAAUAAUCUCUGCUGUUUUUCGACAGAAAUGGUUAGCAAAUUCAUUCAAAGCACAAAAUUUACCAGAAAAAAAAUUGUGUGCCAUUGUGAGUGGGUUCACUUGAGAUUGGGCUCCAAUACGCCUCCGUGGUCUAGUGGUCAGCAUGCCUGGCUUCUACGCGGGCCCGGGUUCGAAUCCCGGCCCGGGCAGUCGGUGCGCAGCUCACCCAGCUAAUCAUCCUCCCUCUCGGGCUGGUCGAUAAAUGACUACCUAGGGAAACCUGGGGAAACUGUGGUAACCCGGAUGUCACACUGGCCCUGUGUCCCGGGGUAAUGGGCUCCCUCCCACCACAGGCUCAAGGGCCAAUGUUACGGAGAUGAGCACCGAGGCCACGCGCUGCUACAGCGUAUGCCCCAACUUUACCUUUACCUUUAUUGUCUCGACUGACAGACAUGGCUUUGUAUGUCGAAGGUCACUGGUUCAAUCUCCACAGCCAGCACUCUCUAUCUUGGAUUUUUCUGAGUUCCUCAUUAGUACCUAAUUAGACUCAUGCUGCUUUCCAGUGCUCUCUGAUGCACUCACAAUCAAAGAUGUAGUAUACCUAUAAGGUAGCACUGAGUAAUCUUAGGUCACUUGGUAAAGUGUUCACCUAAGUCCGACCCAAGCUGACAACAUAAACCUAAGCAUGUUUGCAAGCUGAGUGCUUAGAAUAUUGGCAUAAUAAUAAAAGAUGUUGAAAACUGGUUUCCACUACUUUAUUGAAUAUAUGAAUAAUUAUAUACUGAAUUUGUAAUGGAGCCAAGAUAAAAAAGCUAUGUUUUUCAGUGGUCAUACCAUGAUCUCAUGAAAAUAAAUAGGUUGACAUAUAUAAUUAAUUACUACGUAUUUUGUUAUGACGACUAUUGCACAUUAAUACCAUAGCUUUGAAUCCAAUGAUGAAUAUCUUCAAGCAAGACACAAAUAGCAACAGAUU